AUGAGUGUCUACGCCCAAGGUGCUUCGUCUGCCGAUAGCGUGGAGUGGAAGUGGCACAUACAUUCGUCAUUACCGCUGCUUGGGGACUCCGGCACGCGGCUUAAAUUUGUCGUUAUCGAUAAAAAUAGCGGGAUAAAUAGUCCUGAAUUUGAUGUCGACGGCUGCGCUUGGUACCAACCAAGGGACGAUGGCAACCAUGGCUGGGAACGCGAGGGCGCGAUUCUCCUGCCAAAAAACAUCAAGUCUCCAGGGGCUGUACUGAUUCGCAAAGAACCUACCGAGAACCGCGCCUCCGCGCAGGAUUACAUUGCCUGCUUCGAACUCAUCUGUGCCACUUCCAAGCACAAGUUUCCCGUCAGCAGCUGGAUUUGUUCAGAUCACGGUAAACGUGUGUUUUUCUCCGGAACUGCCUACCUGCCCAAGGACACCCCAACGGGCAUGGUGGAGGAGCGCAAGGACGACCUGAACACGCUGCGGGGCACCCACGCAAGCCGUGAUGAUAAGCGGAAGGAGACCGACCGCAUCUAUUGGUACCAGACGUACAACGACCUCGGCACCAGCGAUCUUAGUCGUCCCAAUUUGGGAAAUAACAAGGAUCUGCCGUACCCCCGCCGUAUCGCCACCAACCGCGGUAACGAGGGGGAUGGCCGGGAGAAGGCACCGUCUGCGGGCGAGGAAAUAUGGUUGCCGCUUGACGACCGUUUCGGUGCCGAGAAGAACCACGAAUUUAAUGCAGGAACUGUACUUGGAGUCGUAACAGCCGCCCUCACAGUAAUCGCGGAAGCUGCCAACAUCAAACAUCGCGCACCAAUCACCGUACUGCCCAGCAUAACCAUCGGAAUCAUUAGGACAAUUUUUGCCAAGGGUCUGCACUGCUUCACCCCCCCCUUGGACUACUUUGAGGACUUCGAGGAUGCCAUUGCAAUGUACAAAAAGGCUAGCACUUCCGUCGAGGUUAUGUUACCCACCAACAUACACCCCCAAGGCACUGCUAAUCCUGGCCCGGCUAGGAAGCUCAGAAAGGCGUCAUCAUUCAGAUUGGCUGACGGUACUUGGGACUUCGAGUUGAAGAAGAAGGACGCGGCCCAGCUGGAUAACCUGACAACCGAACAGCGGGUCCCCGUCCAGCUGGGCUAUGUGGGCCCACUGUACGGAUCCGCCACCGGCACCCCUGCUGGGCACAGCGUAUUCAUCAAGGACUCCAAGCCCGGUGCGAGCGGGAAGAAGGAACGACUCGGGUCCAAGCUAUGGGCCUUCCUGAACGGCAACACGCCAAGCGUUAACAACCUUUUCAACUUCAAUAUUCCCCGCGUGCUAGAUAGCCGCCCUAACGCCUGGCAUUCCGAUGAGGAGUUCGGUCGCCAGGCCGUAGCGGGGUAUAACCCGUGUGUCAUCAAGGCCCUCACGGAGCUCCCGGAGACCUUUGGCAGCGCCAUUCGGGAGGAGCACGUCAUCGGCGACCUGCAGGGCGAUGCAAUGAAGGACUUGGUUUCGGAGGCGAAGGCUGGCCGCAAGCCCCGGCUGUACUACAUCGACUAUUGGGAUCUGUCGGCCAUCUGGGCGUUGGCUGAAAGUGACCCUGCCAAGAUUGUUGUCAAGCCUAAGGGGUUCUUGGGCAAGCUGCAAAAUUGUAUUCUGGGCCGGACCGACGAGGGCCAGGCCGUACAGCAUGCCGGCCGCGCCAUCCUCUACCUCAAAAAUUCAGUCACCCUAACCAGUAACCAACAAAACUUCUCCCGCUCCGAAAUUUCCAGGGAUGCUGAGGGCAACGACGUGGGGCUCAUCCCCGUGGCGAUUGAGCUGGCCCAUCCCAAGACCCAUAAGGGGGAGGACGGCCUGGCGCCCUCCGCCGGACAUGUUUACUCCCGCUCCCAACUCUCCGCCGAUCGCUCCACUUGGGCGGUGUGGCAACUGGCCAAGAUGAUCUUCAAGUCGCUGGACUCUUCCUUUCAUCAGCUGAUUAGCCACUGGCUCCGAACCCACUGCGUGUUGGAGCCCUUCUAUAUCGCCCUACGGCGACAGAUCAGCGCCAUGCAUCCGGUUUACAAGCUGAUGCUGCCGCACUUCCGCUACACUCUGAACAUCAACCGCAAUGCACGCGGGAGCCUAGUCAAUGCGGGCGGUCUCAUCGAGAAGUCCUUCUCUGCGGGGGCUUAUGCCAUGAGCCUAUCGUCCAUAGUGUACGGCAAGGACUGGAACUUCGCCACGGAGGCCCUUCCGGAGGAUCUCAAGACCCGGGGCAUGGUGGACGCGAACGGCAAGCCCUGGCUCGAUUACCCGUACGCCACGGAUGGCUUGGAUGUGUGGAACGCCCUGACAUCGUACUUCGACAAGUACCUGAGGCUGUACUACAAAUGUGACGAGGAUGUAGAGAAGGAUGCGGAGCUGAAGGAAUGGUGGUCCGAGGUCAAGACCUUGGGCCACGGGGACCUGAUGAAGUUCGGACUCCGCCCCGGUGGCGAGAAACAGCUCUGGGGUUUCGCGGGCGACAUCACUUCCGUACAGCAACUCGUACGGGUGCUCGCCACCAUUGCCUGGCUGGGAUCGGGCCACCACGCGGCGGUCAACUUCGGGCAGUACGACUACACAAGCUUCGUCCUCAAUGCACCAUCAUUGGUGCGGAAGCCCAUGCCGGCGCCUGGGGAUAAGUCCUGGGAGAAGCUGAAACGGGCCUCUCUCGGGAAGAAGCAGGAAGCCAUUAUCAUGACCUACCUUUCCGACCCGUUCACCGCCGCCACGGUCGCCGCUACUGUCAAGCUGUUGUCGACUCAUGCCCGGGAUGAGCAGACCCUCGACGAGAUGAACCCGCAUCUGGUGGACCCUGCUGCUUGCGAGGCGAACCAGGACUUCAUCGAGGACAUGAAGCGCCUUGAGCAAACCAUUGAAAUGCGGAACGCGGAUUCGAAAAACUGGGCCCGGUUCAGGCUGGCGAAGGAUGACACCGCCCGCCCGCUGCCGUACACGCUGCUGUUGCCAGGCUCGCCGGCAGGCGUUACCAUGCGUGGCGUGCCGUAUUCAGUUUCCAUCUGAGGUCAUGCGCAGCAUGAGAGAUGUUUUUCGGGUUGUCUCGUCCCACUGAGGACCUCUGGAGUCGUUUUAAAGUAUGCAAGGAAGGGAUGCAAAGCCGGAAGUAGGUCCUUACCACCAGCCACUGAUAUUUCUGGCGUCUUACAUAAAAAUAUAUAUUUUUUGCUUGCGUGCGGAUUA